AUGACUUUGUUCCCCACCAAGUUUGAAAAUGGGAAGAUUGAGUACAAGAUAAGGUGUCAAGAGAGCCAGCUCGACCGACAGCUCGAUCGAGCUAGAAACCAGGGCAACUCGAUCGAGCUACACAACUCGACCGAGUCUGAGAGUGAGAGAUUGAGGGAAGAAAGGAGAACCAAGAAGAGGAAUGACCCUAUUAGUAGUGAGAGUGAGCAAGGAGAGUUUGAGAUUGGAGUGAACCUUGUUCAAGAGGAGGGAAAUGGUUCUCCAAAUGAGGAAGACAGUGAGGAAACUGAGAGUGAAGAGGAAGGAGAAGAGGUGAACCAAUUGGUUGAUGAAGAUGACCAAGAGGGGAACCAAGAUGAGCCAAUGGAAGAGGCUGAGGCAGAGCAAGAGGAGGAUGAGCUCCCCAUGUACCAAGAGCACUACAAUGCUCUCUUCUCCAUGGACUUUGUGGAGACCAAGUACCCACAUGAUGACACCAUGAGAGAUCUUGGGAUCUUUGAGGAUGUGGAGUUGGUGCUCAAGAACAUGCAAUUGGGGAAGUUCUUCUCUCACCGCAUGGAGUCUUACAAGGAGUUGACUUGUGAGUUUUUGGCGUCGAUGAGCAUCACGAGUUUGAUGAGCUCGAUCGAGCUGAGUUGGACCAAGGCUGGGGGUAACCUAUGGAACAUCAAGGAAAAGAACUCCAAAGAGUGGGCUACAAUAGCUGAAGAGGGGUACUCUUCCUCAAGGUCCAAGGCUGCCCAGAUCAGAAGCCCAGUGCUUAGAGAUGUCCACAAGGCUCUUGCCAACACCUUCUUUGCAAGGAAAGCCACUGGGACAAUCAAUGAGGGAGAAGUGAAGCUCCUUGACAUGGGAAUCAAGCCCAUCAUCUCACGCACAAGGGAUGGGAAGAAGAUCAGAGGAGAUAGGGCACACGCAGGGAACUCAUGCCUCUCCUUGAGCAGCUCCACCUACAAGCUGGAGUCAAGUGGACAAGAGAAGGUCUACUCCACCAGGUUGGAUGGACAUCAAGUUUUGCAAGACCAACCUCUCAUUGAGCACAAGGAGUUGGAUGGGAGAUUCCAAUUCAAGUUCACCAUCCAUUGGCUGGACCCUCCAAGCUUCUUCUGCCCAACCCUGAGCUCACCACGGAUGAUUUGCGAGAAGAAGAGUGAGCUCGAUCGAGCUGAGGAUCGAGCUGAGACUCAAGCUGAAGAUGGAGUGAGAAGUGAUUUGGGUGAGCCUGAGUGCUAUUACUUUGAGGAGUAUGAGGCUCCAAGGAUGAACCCCUCUGUUGUGGCUGCCACAAGAGGAUUGGACUUCUCCAAAAGUUCAACAAGUGGCAAGGGAAAGCCAUGA